UGCCGGAAGGAGAGCGAUCCAGUCGGUGGGGGAGUGAUCCUUCCGGUAGGAGAGCGAUUCUACCGAUAGGAGAGUGAUGUGAUCCUGUCGGAGAGUGUGUGCCCAGGAGUGGUGGUGGGGAGAGCGGCAGGGGUCAGUUCCCCAGCGAGAGGCAGCCCUGGAGCAGCGCAGUCUGGGGUGAGCUCGGGCAGCAGCGUCUGCAGCAGCUCCGCGACUUCACUCAGACGUCAGGGGUUAGCGGUGCAGUGAUCGAACCUCAGGACAGACACUGUGUGACCUUCCUGGAUACAAUAUUACACCGUCUUUCCUGGAUACCGCAAAUUCCGACAGGAUGAGCGCUGCUCUGCUCCAGGAACAGUCAGCGGUCAGUUUUGGCUCCCUAACUGUGACAGAAACAGACGAUGCUGGAGACGACGGGUUCAGCAUGCAAGUCAUCACAUGGAAUGUUGGUACUGCGGUUCCACCCGAUGAUGUUUCUUCACUUUUGGGUCUGAAUUCAGUUGAUGCAAGAAUUGAUAUGUAUGUCAUUGGUUUGCAGGAAGUGAAUUCAAUGAUAAAUAAAAGACUGAAGGAUGCCAUCUUCACUGACCAAUGGAGUGAGCUCUUCAUGGACACACUUAGUCCCUUUGGUUAUGUGCUGGUAACCUCGGAGAGAAUGCAGGGGCAGCUGCUUCUAGUGUUUGCUAAGUACUAUCUCCUUCCAAAUCUCCAGGACAUCCAAACCGACUGCACCAGAACUGGCCUGGGUGGAUACUGGGGGAACAAAGGAGGAGUCAGCGCCAGGCUGUCUCUAUGCGGUCACAUGAUUUGUUUCCUCAACUGUCAUUUGCCAGCUCAUAUGGAGAACUCCGAACAGAGAAUGGACAACUUUGAGAGUAUCCUCCAGCUGCAGCAGUUCAAUGGCCCUGCUGCCAAUGGAGUCCUUGACCAUGACGUUGUCUUCUGGUUUGGGGACCUGAAUUUUCGAAUCGAACAAUAUGACAUCCGUUUUGUGAAAAGUGCCAUUGAGAAGAACAAAUUGGGCAUUCUGUGGGAGAAGGACCAGUUGAACAUUGCAAAGGCAAUUGAGCCAGCACUGAAUGGAUUUCAGGAAGGGCCUCUCAACUUUAGGCCAACGUACAAAUAUGAUGUGGGCACAAACACAUUUGACACCAGUUCGAAGAAACGCAAACCUGCCUGGACAGAUCGGAUUCUCUGGAGGGUGAAAAUGUCCGACUGCUACGACCUAUCACCAAAUCUCAGGAGGAGCAAAUCCCCAGAUGGCAAAUCCAGUCACAUUCAAGUGCUCCAGCAUGUUUACCGUAGUCAUAUGGAGUACCUCAUCAGCGACCACAAACCCGUCACCGCCAUCUUUUCCCUGAAGUUUUCCCAUAAAAUGCAGACCCCAUUGAUUCAGCUCCAGGUGGAAGAUGAAUGGAACAAGCCUUCAGAUGCUGUGGUUAGAUACAGGAUGGCAAGCUCCUUCGCCAAGAGCUCAUGGGAUUGGCUCGGUUUGUACCGGGUUGGGUUUAAACAUCAUAAGGACUAUGUAACCUAUAUCUGGGCAAAGCAUGAUGAAACUGAUGCCACGAAGCAAUGCUAUCAGGUCAUGUUCAGUGAGGAAUCCCUGCCAAAGGGCACUGGGGAGUACAUCCUAUGCUACUACAGCAACAAUUUCAACACCAUUGUGGGAGUGACUGAACCCUUCCAGAUUAUUCUGCCCUCCUCAAGUUCUGACACCAGCAAGUCUGACAGCUCUGAUUCCAGCUCAGAUGGAGAGGAGAUGAGUACCCUGAAGCUGAUCCGCCCCAAAUCUCGCAGCCCCAGCCCCGGCAAAAUGAAGAAGGGGAGCAGCCGGAGCCGCAGUCGGAGUAAGAGCCCAGUUGCUCCAAUAACACGGUCCCUACAGGGGCUCAAUCUCAGGGUAGGCUCCAAGCACAAAAGCAAAAGCCGCAGCCCCUCACCCAGAGGGGCUCAGGUGUCCAUUUCCGGCCAACCCAAAUUGUCAGGGGGCAAACCCACUGCAGGAAACAGCCAGAACUCAGCAAGCAACCUGCGGGACAGACUUUCACCUUCAGCUACGUUCAAAGACCCAGCAUCUUGGGAGAAAGAGCAGGCUUUUCUUGGCACAGGCUCUGCUACGAUGGGGGGACCCAGCAGUCAGGUUCAGGAACUCCCUGUGCAGCAAAGGGACAGCGCUCAACAUCCACAACUGUCUCCGAAACUCUCCCAGCAUCAUGGUCAGGAUGGAGCCGUCACUUUAAAGUUAAAUAAAGCAAAUCAACUCUCCACCGGCAGGUCAUCUCAAAGUGUUCAAGUCCCUGGGUCAGAGUCACGGCCACCAAUAUGGCAGUAGGAAGAGUGGAGCAGCAUUUUCAGAGAGAAGAAACUGGCCACUGGACAAGGCAAAGUAACAAGGAAUCAAAGGUCUCAUGUUGACGCAAGGAGCCAACAAAGCACAGAGAGACUGGAGAGACUGUAAUUGUUACAUGUAAUUGGAAGAUGUGUGGGACAAUCAGCCUGCAUUCUGAUUUUUAAUGUGAUAUGAGUUACCCCAAGAGGCUGGAUGACUUUUAGAGCCUCUGGAAUUGAUGAGUGGAUGCAAUCAUGAUGUAAUUAUUUAAUUAGUUACUUAGUUCACUCUAACUAAUGUCAUUACCAUCCCACUGUGUGAGUGAGAUUCAGAGCACACACUCCAGCAAACUUGCUCCUCAUCUUCAUUAUUCUCUUCUGUUGCUUAUCAAUCUUGCCCUCUUUCAGUGUCUCUCCUUUUUAUGCUUUCCUUUCAGAGUGAGUGACUCUGUGGCUGUUCUUGUUUCACCUGCUGCCUUCUCACGCCUGUCUCUCUUUUUAAAUGUCACUUUCUCAGUAUUUGCUUCAUUGUUCUGAUGCAGAGUGAUUCUUAGCUUUUGUGCAUUCAUGGGAAAAUCACACUCUUGAGCUGCAUGAGUGGAAAGUAGGAAUAGAACUUUAUAUCCUUUAAUCUCCAUUCCCUCCCAGCCUGGAUGUCUGUUGGGAGUGUGAGAUUAAAGAAUCACUUCAAAACGAUAUUUCCCGAAUGUUUAUUAAUACUCUGUCAUUGUCCAUCUCUCUCUAUUUCCUGAAGUUUACUGAUACAGUGUGUGCCAAUUUAUUCAUCCCGGAACACAGCAUGUGUGGAACUGUACAUCACACUUUGCUGCAGAAAAUGGGUCCAGGGUGUUUUGACUCUCAAACUGCUGCCAGUUCACCUCUUGCUGUAUGGAAAAGAUGUGAGGAAUGUUGCUUCUGGAAAACAGUAUGCCUCUUGGCUGCCAAGCAGCACCUGGAAAAUUAUCAGGAAUGUUUCAUACAGAGUGCAUCUUGAGCCCUUAUUACCCAUCAGUGCUGGAAUAAAGCUACCAGCAUUCCUAGCCUAUAUUGGCAGGUGACCAGCUUUCUACUCAAGUAUUCAAAGAACCACUGCUCUGUCCAUCUGGCUUUUGGUGACUUACCCUGGAACCAGUCUGUAGGAUGUGGGUAUGGAGUCUAGCACUGAGUCACCUGAUUGACACACUCCCUCUAAGGAAGGUGAUGGUUCUGGGCCUUUGUUCUAAACUUCCCCAGUAGUUGAUAAUCAAAAUUCAUCUCAUACUGAUGUAGAAGUAUAGAUCUGUGAACACAAGUGAACAUUAGACUUGGCUAAAUGUGAAAAAAAAAUAAAAUUAAGUUAUACUUUUGGAUGUAUAUAAUUACAUAAGCUUCUUGUAUAAGAUAUUUUAAUUUAUUUACCUUCUACCUCCAACUCUGGUCAAUUCUUCCCUUGCCCAAAUACACCGGACUUAACUGGUGCACAAUUCUACAGACGUUGAAUGUUCUGCUGGCUGUGGCUCACCUAUAAGGUUAGUCAGUAGUAGUGAAAAUAUUAAUCAUGGUAAACACUUCAGUAAAAUCACGGACCUUUCAGUGUAGACAAGAACUCCAGAAAAAACAGGAACUCUUCAGUAAGGAUGAAGAUUCUUCAUUUACAAUGUGGAUCUUCAGUAGAAAUUAGGACACUUAAGUAUAGGUGAAGAUAGCUUCAGAAGCAAGGAGGACUGUUUAAUGUAGUUGAAAGCUCUUUCAUAUUAGACCAGAUUUAUUUAGUAUAAGACAUUUUUGAGUGUUGCAGCAGUACCACAAGACCAUAAGAAAUAGGACCAGGAGUAGAACAUUGGGCCCUCCUGGGUCUGCUCCAACAUUCAAUAAGAUCCUGGCUGAUUCAACACUCCUCACGUCCACUUUCCUGCCUUUUCCCCAUAACUACUGAUUCUCCUGUUGAUCAAGAAUCUAUCUCAGCUUAAAAAAUACACAUAUACUACAGUAGCAAUCCAAAGGCCUUACUAAGCUAAUGCUAAGAGUUUGAAUGCAACACAGCAGCUAAGAAUUUAACUUUUUUUUAUAAAAAACAUAGUACGGUGACCAUAAAAGUACUGGAUUGCUAUUUUUAAAAAUCUGGCCUAUUAUUCAACACCAGGUUAUAGUACAACAGGUUUAAUUGGAAGUACACUAGCUUCUGAAAGCAAGUGUGCUUCCAAUUAAACCUGUUGGACUAUAACCUGGUGUUGUGUGAUUUUUAACUUUGUACACCCCAGUCCAACACCGGCAUCUCCAAAUCAUUGCCUAUUAUUGUUCUUUAGAGAAAGAAAUCUGCUCACCUAACCCAGUCUAUCACAACUUAACUGCGAUCUGAAAUGGCCUAGGAAGCCACUGACUUUCAUCAAAAAUAGUACAAAGUCACCAUAAGAACAGCAGCAGUUAAGUGGUUUGUCACAACCUUCUAAAGAACAAAUAAAAAUCUGUCGUUAAUACCAGCGACAUGUACAUCCUGGAAAAAAAACCUUUUAAAAAAUCACCUGAUGAGAGCCACCUGAUGAAGGACAGUGCUCCAAAAGCUAGUGCUUCCAAUUAAACCAGUUGAACUAUAAUCUGGUGUUGUGUGAUUUUUUAACUUUGUACACCCCCAGUCCAACACUGGCAUCUCCAAAUCUUAAAAAUCUUCAGUAUGGUCGAAGACUCCUAAUAUACAACAUGGAAUCUUAGUAAAUCCAAGCACACUUCUAAAUUGAUGAAACAUUUUCAGUAUAGGCAUGCAAUUUUUUUACAAAAACCACAACUCUUCAGCAUAGCUGUGGAGUUUUCAGUAUGAACCAAGAUUCUCCUCCAUAGAUAUGCACUCUAUAAUAGGACUAUCUAAAAGAUGGACCUUUUAAUACAGAUCAGAACUCUUUGGUGGAGAUGAAGAAUCUCCAGUAAACAGAUAUGCAUCAAUACAGAUAAAUGUUUGGUGGAGGUAAGGUUUCUUCAGUAUAAGACAAGGAAUCUUCAGUAAAAUAUGCUAAUUAUUCUAUAUAGACAAGGACUAAUCAAUAUAAGAACCUUUUUAGUUUAGGCCUGGAAUCUUCAUUAAAAUGUCAAUUCCUCAAAACAGACAAAACUUUUUUUUUAUAUUGGACUCUGCAGUAUAAGGACUCUUCAGUGUAAGGUCCCUUCAUUGCAGAUGAGACUCUUCAAUAUUAGAUAAGGAUUGUGCAGUGUGCAUGUGGACUGCAGUGUAAACAUAUCACAUUUCAACGUAAACGAGGCAAAGGGAUUAGGAAUAGCAGAGUCAAUGGGAACUUGGGAAAGAACAGCACUGAAAGAUCGGGGCGAAAUAAAGUGACGUUGAAUUUUCAGUUGCUGAUCCCUAUCCUUACUAAAUGUAGUAUUCCAGCAGUCAUUUCACAAUUUACAAAAACACUUUCAGUUUGUGGGAAUUGGUUAUGAGUUCUGUCUAUGUAGUUUAGCCAGAGUCAAACUUUACAACCAGAAAUGUUUCAGUAGGAUUUCAGGUUAGGAUAGAAGUAAAAAUACAGCUCAAGGCUUCUUCACUUUUAGUAAAAUUUUUGUCGUGCACUGAAGUAUUCUGCAGGUUAAAUAUGAGUAAAAAAUGAGGUCUGCAGAUGCUGGAGAUCACAGCUGCAAAUGUGUUAAAUGAGACAAUCUUAACAUUUACGGCAUUCGUUUUUUUUACGGCAGGAUUCGGAAUGAACUCAAGCACAAUCUGAACUGGAGGCAUUAGCUGGCUGCAAUUGAUGUGUGCGCGUGUGUGUAAUGUGUGUGAAAUUCCUGACUUCCAUAAUUGUAAGACAUGACAUGCUCUGUAUAUGGAUAAAAACUUUCACCGCGGUUGAGCAAUGAUGCACAAUAAACAAAAAUUGUGUGUAA